AUGGAAGGUACUCUGCGAAAUGGUUCUAGGCCGAGGAAUGAUGGUGGCACGAAGGCCGACAAUGGAGUUCCACCUAAGGUUGGAGAAGGGGGGCCCUUACCCUCGGCGAACAUCCCACUUGCCGGUAGACAAUCUAAUCAAACAAAAUCCAUGGCGGAUAUGGUCCGUGAGACACCGAACCCGGAGGGACCGCAAGCAUUCGUCCCGGAAAACAUCCAAAGUAUGGGAUAUGCGACAACAUCUAAUAAAAUUCCGGCUAUCUACUUCUCGGGAGCGGAAAUUCAAAAAUUGGCGACGAGCCUCGGACACGCCAUCGUCGGUAAGUUUUCGCACUCUAUUCCGGCUUCACACCAAAUACAAAAAGCUCUAGAUAACAUCAAAUUUUGCCGUGGUUUCUCGUGGAGAUAUAUUAAUGCUAAGCAUAUUUUUGUUCAAUUUGAGGAUAUUACGGACUACGCUCGAUUCCUUAGUGGACCAAAAGGAACCCCAAUCUGGUACAUUGAUCGUCAUCCCAUGAGGGUUUUCAAGUGGUCCCCGGAUUUCGAUGCAUAUUGUGAGUCCCCGAUUGCGGCAAUUUGGUGUAACUUGAUCGGCCUUCCCAUCCACCUAUUUGAUCAAUCAGCGCUCUUCGCUAUCGGCAAGCUCUUGGGUACGCCAAUUCAAGUCGACCGGGCCACGGCCAACAAAACAAGACUUUCUUUCGCCCGAAUUUGUGUGGAAAUUGACAUAUCAAAGCCUCCCCCGGAAGAAAUCAUCUUGGAUAUAUGUGGACGCGAGACGGUGCAACAAGUUAGGUGGGAUAAGAUCCCAUCGUAUUGCCGGGAUUGCAAGCAUGUUGGACACAAGAGCGACGUGUGCUACGCGGCGGGCAAGACGGACCGUCCUCCCAAGAGAAACUAUAGUGUCAUCCCAUCAAAACAAUCUCACCGAGGGGCUGGAGAAAACCAAGGAGAGCAAGCACCUCAAAAGCAGCCACAAUAUGGAGAGCGAAGAUCCACUUCCACCAAUGUCGAGCCGAGGUAA